AUCCCUACCAUUUCCCACCACCCAUAUCCAGAACGAGUCCCGUGUAACGACAUACGACCAUGUUCCGCUUCGCUUCCCCCACCCUCCGCCGCACGGCCCCCGUCCUCAACCGGCCGCUGUCCACCACCACCCACGCUCCUUCCCUUUCCACCCUCAAGUUCACCCGAACUCAACCAACACCCGUCUUCCCGAGACCGCUCGCGUGCUGCCCGCCUUCGACGCUGCUUCGCGGUCAGCUGCUCGUGAGAGGCGCCGCGAGCCAAGUCUCCGGACGCCCCGGCUCGCAAACCGCGGCGCAGGCCGCGCAGAACAUCAAGGAGGAGGUCGGCAGCGCAGGCGGCGACUUCGCUAAGGCAAUCGCAGGAGGAAACGUCUUCUCAGAUGCUGUGGCGCCGACGCAGCGGACAUUCCUCGGGAUCACCAACGCCGUCGCGUAUGCCGUUCCUACCCCCUACAUCGUCUUCGGCCUCGCUGGCGGGCUGCCGUAUGUUGGCACAGCAGUCGCGAGCAUCUACCUGGCCCGCGAGGCCGGUAUUGCCACGACCGGCCUCAUGACGAACAUCGAUCCUGGCGUCGCGAUCACCGUGCUCGACCAGGCCCUCAACAUCCAGAUGACCUACGGUGCCGUCCUGCUGUCCUUCCUUGGUGCCCUACACUGGGGCUUCGAGUUCGCCGGCUACGGCGGUACGAAGGGAUAUCCCCGCCUCGUCCUCGGAAUGACGCCGGUCGUCUUCGGCUGGUCGACGUUGAUGAUGGAUCCCGUGCAGGCUCUCAUUGCGCAGUGGGUCGGCUUCACCGCUUUGUGGUGGGCUGACCUGCGGGCUACCAACGCGGGCUGGGCGCCAGCAUGGUACUCGCAGUACCGCUUCUACCUGUCGAUCCUCGUCGGCACCUGCAUCAUCGGUACCCUCGCCGCAACCAGCUACUGGGGCCCCGUGGGUGGACAUGGACUGAUUAGCCACGACCUCAACAUGAUCCGUGCUGAGCGCAAGCAGAAGCAGCCCGAGCGUGAGGGCCAUGUUGGUGGAGACAUUGAGGCGCUGCCAGCCCCUGAGAGUGCCGACUCGUACGUGAUGAUCAAAAAGAAGAGCAGCAACCAGAACGGUGACAGUGGUGCGUCUGAGUCUGGGUCUGAGCGCUGAGCAGGGAGGAGAGUAAAGAAUGCAUACCGCUGAGUUGAGUCGGUGAAGCUGACGGACAUUACCACGUUGUAAUAUUAUCACUUGUAAAUCGUUGUAUAGCAGAUCAUUUCAUGAUCUCCGCAAAAUGUAGACCAGUAGUAUAGAGCUCGGAAUAUGACCAGUAAUCUUGAAAUGGAGGUGUAGAGCAAGGUUGGAGGACGAGCAAAAUGGCGGUCGGAUGAGUGACGUUUAGACGCCGAUGAGCGUCUGCACGGAGGCGGGAUGGUCUGGAAGGUUCGGGAGAGCAAACACGGCCAGCAUAAAUUAGGAUCCAUGAAGUGCUC